AAACAGCACCACAAGCGACAGCGAUAGCGACCCUAAUUUUGGUCAGCCAUGGCAGAGGAGGUGAAGGCGCACCCGUUUCUGUUCGAGGAUUCCUUCCAGGUGAAAACUGUGGACAACUCGCGCUUCGAGCGUGCUGGACGUAUGGACUGCGAGUCCAUCAGCUUCGCCAGCAACAACCUGGAAAUCGAUAUCAACAACGUGAUCUACCCGGUGUCCCCGAGCGAAAAGAUCUACGUGGCCAUCACCAACAACGUGAGUCCUCCAGAUGAUCCCAGAGCACUCAACACGGCCUAUGAUCACGACCCACGGCUCCUUGGGUCCUCGGUGAUGGACCAGUUCGACUAUGUGAUGUUUGGCAAGGUCUACAAGAAAGAAGUGAAAAAGGAAGAUAAUUUGGCGGUGGUAUGGGCAUCCUAUGGUGGAUUGUUGAUGAAGCUCCGCGCAGAAGCAGCACAGCUGAAUGACUUUCAUCUGAACGACAGCAUUUACUUCAUGAUGCGAAAGGUUGACACAGAGGAUGUCUCUUAGAUGACCUGGACCACCCUGGGCGGCCAACCGCAAAACG